CCGCUCAAACGUCAGUUUUUCUGUGAGAGUAAGCAGGCCAGCAUAAAUUCGUGCAUCAGUGGACCAUCAAGCAUCGCGGAAUAAAGUUAAUUUUGUGGACUUCUGUUUAGUUUUUGAGCCAAAAUCAGUGUUACAAAAGUCUGCUAGUUUCUUGUAUUUAUUUAAGCACAUUUAACAUGGUACCCAUACGUGCACUCAAUGGCGAUCCUGAAGAGAAUAGUUGUUGCAGUAACGACGCUGAAUUGAAAUUCUCGGGAGAGGCCGAGGAAACUAUCAUCGUUGCGGAAUAUAUGAAAGCGUUAAACCUAGUUCACACGGGCCAACAUGGAAAUGCACUGAAUCUCUUUCUUGAGCUUCUGGAAACUGAGGCUCUUUCAAAGCAGCUGGAUAAUGACCAGGAAAGCAGAUUAAUGUUGGUUAAGUAUAAUUGCUAUCGUAAUAUAGGCAUGCUCUAUCAAGAAAGCGGUAAAAUCAGCUUAGCGUUAGACUUCUUAACUCAAGCAAUUGAACUAGAUGACAACGAUGUUUAUACAAUGUGCUCGCUCGCCGAAUUAGCUCUUAAGAAUGGGCAAAUUCCGGUCGCCAAGCUGUACUAUGAAAAAUGCCUUGAACGCAACCCGAAUCACUGGCCAAGUUUAGAUGGUAUGCUACGAUUGUUUUUGCUGUCUGAGAACAUAAUUGAGUCAUGGUCAUGGGCUUCAUAUUGCCAUAAUAUGGACAAAAACUAUGACAGAGCAUUUCGUGUGUUAAAAGAAAUAAACUACAGAUUUGCAUCAAGCCGUCAAUUUAUGGAAAACCUUCUCAAUGAAAAUUUGCCAUUGAUAUGCGCUGGUGACGAUGGUACGAAAGAUUCAUCAAACUAUCUUAAUAGCGACCAAUAUGUUGAAUUAGUCCCUCACUCUGACAACCGCAUUGAAGAUGUUACUGAUAUUGAAAGUAUUAAACUUUCGCAUAUAGAUUGGAUAUCUUUAGCUACAUUGGUAAUCAAACUCCAUCAACUUUUGAAACAAACAGGCCAGGUGUUGACACAUUUUCAACUACGAGAUUUUUGUGGAAAACCUAAAGAAAUAACGAAGCAUGAUUGCAACGUUGCGGAAAAUCUACUUCAACAUAUAACGCAGAGUGACGCUACACCUGAUGUAACAGAUUCUCGGAGCUCAACAAAUUCAGAUUCAUUAAUUGACAUCGAAGCUAAAAGCCGCCGCCGAGGAAGUGAAUUAAAAAUUUUAGAACAAUGGGGUUGGCACAAGGACCGUCGGUCUUCAAAAAAGAAAAGCAUGUACGAUAAUGCAGACUACAUAGAAACAACAGCUGAUUUGUUUCUGAAGAGGGCAUUGGCACAAUAUUUUACGGAAACAUUCAGCGGCGAUAUAUCUCCAUUUACGGGAGAGCUCUACGAACAAAGCUCUGACAGUUGUUCUGAAGAAAAAAUGUCUGAUAUCACUCUAGCAGAAAGAUUUUUCCUAAAUACGGAGGAUGAUUUCAACACUCUGCUGGUCAAACUACAUUCUAUCAUACCCAGGCUACCCCGUAACUUCUUGAAACCAGGAGCUGGCAGACCCUUGGUAAAAAUAUCGGCCUGCUGCAUCGUUGAAGAGUACUUGCUUUGCUACCGGCUGGUUUUUUCGUCUUCUUCAUCGCUCCGGAGGGAACAAUCAGAUUUGCGCUGGCUGCUGCGCUUGCCGACAUUGUAGUCUUCCUGGUGAGUCUGCAGUGUUGGCAUGUCCACGACUGGUCCUUGACGAUAGAGUAAACUUCCGCACAGCCAUAAUGGUACCAGGCACUACAAUCAUCGCACGCCACCAUGUCUUCGAUAUGAUCGGGGCGAUUGCAGCUCGUGCAGUUUCGCUGCUCCUGCGGAUCAUUCACAUUCGAAGUCGCCAUACUGAAGAAAAUGGAUGAAGAUUUUUAAAGAAUGUUCUCACUGAAUUUUCUAGAAGGCAGAACCACCGACGCAGUAGUUUCAGGGCAACUUUAACUUAAAUAUAUUUCUUAUUAGUUUUACAAUUAGCGCAUGAAUUAUUAAUAACUUACAAAUCUUCAGUUCUUUGCUUUACCUGAAUUCCUCUCUUAGAUGGUAACUUGUAGGUUAGGUUUCAACUGUUUUAAGUAUAAUUUAAUUAUUAUUGCAUGUUUGUUCACACUUUAGUUAUGUUUCCUAUGUUUUUACUUACAGAGUUUGUUCAAUUGUGAAACGAAAGAUUAUGUGGUAUUCUUGUUCAAUUAGAUUAGUGGUUCGGCACGUAUGAAAAACUAAAAAAAAACAAUAGUAGUAACAACGGACUGCUUGCUAUUUUAGUGCUACAAAUAUACCUCACGAUCAAAUUUCUGGGAGAUAAUAAACGAUUUCACCAA